UUUCACCAUUGAUUCCGAUCACGUGAUCAUGAUCACGAAUCACAGCAUGGAGCGGAGCAGAUGGUAAGUGUGUGCGACGUAAAUAUUUGUCGAACUGGACCCGCGGACUGGGCGCCUGACGCACGCAGACGAAGUUCCCCCGGAGUCCGCUGUGUUUGUGGGUGCGUUCCCAGAGCCGUGAGUGCGGGGUCAAAAGAUGAGCUACAUGACGUGCAGCAGCUUUGGCGAGCGUGAUAGGCUGCUUCCUCGCGGGCAGCAGCAGCAGCAGCGGCAGCGCAGCAGCAAGAUUCGAAGGUGGCUGCCUGGGUCCUGUCCCAAGGCGAGAAGUGUCGCGGUGGCAUGCGGGGGUUUGCUCAUGGUCUUGUCCGCCACGCGGCUCGCUGGCAAGAACCUGGCGCGUCCUCGCGGCUCGUCCACCCCAGCACAAGAACCAGGGACAAAGGGAGGAGGGCGCGGUAGCCCAGUCACUACCGUUUUGGCGCAAACGAAUUUAUUGCUCUCCCAGCAGCAGCAGCAGCAGCAGCAGCAGCGGCAGCAGCAGCAGCAGGAGGAGGAGGAGGAGGAGGAGGAGGAGGAGGAGAGUUCUAGCGGGCAACCGAACGUGAUAUUUAUCUUGGUCGACGAUGUCGGUACGAACGACGUCGGGUACGAGAGCACGGAUCUGUGGCAGCUCACCCCUUUCUUGACCACUCUGGCCGCGGAAGGGGUUAUCCUCGACGAUUACUAUUCAAACCAGAUCUGCACCCCGUCAAGAGCGUCGUUAAUGACCGGUCGAGAUUCAUUCCGCACCGGGAUGCAGUUCGGCGUUGUCGACGAUUCUGCUCCGUGGGGCCUGCCCUUCGAUGAAGUUACUCUUGCCGAGAGGUUCCAGGCCGCCGGGUAUUCCACUCACAUGACCGGCAAAUGGCACCUGGGUGUGUAUAACAACGCGAACUACCCCUUUUCCAGGGGAUUCGACACUUUCUUGGGAUACACUGGCGGCGGCGAAGGCUACUAUAAUCAUGGAGAGUGUGUGACCCCUACUUUCGAGGGAGCGCAGUUUACGUGCUACCAGGACUUCGGGUACGGCGACAAGGACGGUUACAUCAACUUCACCACCAACACCACCCGACAGGGCCCCGAAAUGACGGGCAAGUACAGCACGACGGUCAUCACCGAUCGAGCCAUCGAGGUCGCCACAGAGCACGUGGAAAAAUCUCCCUCCGACCCGCUAUUUCUGUACGUGUCUCACCAGGCGGUGCACGAACCGUUGGACGCUCCCCCGCCAGGCUCGUUCACUGACGAGGAGGUGGAGCUACUGGAAGGGCUUGAUUACAGCCACCGCGAGCGCCGCGCUUUCGCCAGCAUCGUCUACUACCUCGACAAGGAGGUUCGCAGGCUUCACGAAGCGCUCGAUGCCCUCGGAGUGCUCGACAACGCCGUCAUCGUGUUCGCGAGCGACAACGGUGCUUGCCCGUCCAGUGGGGGAUCCAACUACCCGUUGAGGGGGUUCAAGCACACCACAUUCCAGGGGGGGGUCCGUGUACCGGGGUUCGUCUACUCCAAGUCGGCGGACUUGAUUCCGGAGGAGGCGAGGGGCACCAGGUACUCUGGGAUGAUGCACUCCAUGGACUGGACUCCGACGCUGGGCAGCGUUGUGCCGGAGCUUCCCCUGGAUGGGAUGGGAAAGCAGCUGAGCGGGUUUGACCAAUGGGACGCGAUCGUGGGCAGGAGAUCUGCAGAGGAAGGACCCGUUCGCACGGAGCUGGUUUUGGGGCGCACCAGCUACGACUUCGACUCCGACGCCGGGGAGAUGGUGAAAGAGCCCCUUCCAAAGGGGGCCUUCAUCCACGACGGCUGGAAGCUGAUUCUACGACAAAGCUGUGCCCUCUGGGAGACCACAAAGGGGGACUACCCGAAUCCGCACACGGUGGAGUGCGACUCGAACGACGCGUGCGACUCAUGCACCACCCAGUGCGACGGCAUAACGUUCGACUUUUUGUUCCACAUCGAAACGGACCCUUUAGAGACGGCGAACCUGGCAGAAGCGAUGCCCGAGAAGUAUGUCGAGAUGGUGGAGAGAUUCGAGGUGGCCACCAAGGACGAAGUAGUUCCCGGCUAUAAGCCGCAGGGCCCGUCGGGGAUGGAGGCAUGGAAAAAAUUCAACAACUGGGUGGUUGCCUGGAGCUAGCAAAGGCGAGCAGACGUUUAAAUACAUGGCCCGUCGGUGCUCACAUACACAUGUACUUGCAUAUGGGCAUAUUCGGGGGGAAGUGUCGGCGGUCUAUUAAUGAUUGCUUUUUACAUUACAGGGUCCCCGCCGGGGCGAACCCUGUUAUCGCUGGGGUAACGUUUUGCUUGAGCUGGAAUCCUCCCUUUGGGACCCCCAAGUCCGUGAUUGCAACAUUCGGGCGGGUACGUACGGCACAUCUAGAGAGCACUUGUAUUUUGCGUCGUGUUCUGUAGCACUGUGGGUGAAGCUCUCUUCAGUGCAGUUUGCUGUAAUCAUGGGGCUGAAAGGAAAGGAAAACAAUGAUUUUUCUUUCGUUGGCCUUUUCUAGCAGAAAAGGGUAAUCCUAUUGUUGUGAUGAUAUUGGUUGUGGAUAUUGGCGUCCUUUAGUAUAACGGUGUUGUUGCUGGUGCCGCGACAGGCAGGUACCUUGCGGUAGAGCCCCGAGAAUUUGAUUGGUGUAGUCGGCAGGACGGUCUUGGGAGCAUCUGUAUCGUGGCUACGGAGAUCGUGUCGCACCAGUUACAUGCGGCGAAGAUUUAGGAGCGGGGAGGUGCACCCCUCCCCCCCCGGCCACUCAACUAGAGCAAGGCCCAGAACCAAGCAAAGUUAGUCUCAGCAACCUUGCUCGUCUACGAUAUUUGGGCCCUACCCAUUUACGGCAUUCACCUUACGUUUCAAUUUAUUUAUUUGUCGGAUAGCGUUAGAGGCGGUGUCGAAGCUCGCUCGCACACGUCAUUUGUUGUCAAGUUUUAUCUCGAAGCGUUCUGCGUAGGUUUUCCUCACCCCAGGUCAGCGUCGUCAGUUUUGGAUAUAAUACAUGGGUGUUGGAAUGUGAAUUUUGGAGGUAUGACCGGAACGGUCCUGAUAUGACAAGUAAACAACCUAUGCGGGAGGGGGGGGUGAGAAGCGAGAUGGAAACAAGGGGAAGUCGGCCGGGUAGGUAGGCGUGUGUGUUUUCUGGGGAGAGCAGCAACGGCAAAGGGUCGGGCGAGCAUACCAAUGGCUCGAGCAAGACAUAGAGUGACUGGUGAUCACGGCGGUACGAAGCAGCGCGUGUUUCUAGCGAAAGCAACGGCAGUACAUGGAAAGGCCGCAAGAGGAGGUGUUCGGCGGGGAAAUUACGGGAGACUUAACAUCCUUUGUUUCUAGCUCGGCGACCAGACUUGAUGGUCACCCACAGGUCAGGUGUCCCAUGUGUACCUAGGAACGUGUUUUGCGACCCUCCAGUCAACGGCUGGGGAACG